UUACAUGUGUGUGCAAUUGUGUAUAUUACUGGUACAUCCUUAUUCUAUUUGCUGUGCUCUGCAAUUCAAAGAUUUUAAUAUGAAUAAAUAAUACUCUGCAAAUUUUGUAUGUCUAAACUUUGGACUUCCAAACAAGAGCAAAUCCAACGCAAAACGCGAUCUGGAGCUUCUCUCUUUCUACUCUCUCACUCUCUAAUCAACAUCUGACUUCACCGAAAACCAAUCCAUUUCCAGAUCUGAACCCAAUUUUCAACUCCCACCGGGAAUGGCUUCUCCGGAAGCCCAUUCCCGUCUCAAUCAGAUCCUAAUCCCAACCCUAGAAAAGAUAAUCAAGAACGGUUCGUGGCGCAAACACUCCAAGCUUGUUCACCAGUGCAAAGCCGUUAUCGAGCGAAUCACUUCCCCAGAAAAGCCACCUCUCACUCCCACUUCACCGGACCAAUCAGAGCCCGACACCUCAUCCCUCCCCGGCGUCCUCCACGACGGCGGUGCCACCGAAUUCUCCCUCGCCGAAUCAGAGCUCAUUCUCAGUCCCAUCAUCAACGCCUGUGGUUCCGGAAAUCUCAAGAUCGCCGAACCUGGUCUUGAUUGUGUUCAGAAAUUGAUCGCUCAUGGCCUCCUCCACGGCGAAUCGGACCCCACCGGUGGCCCCGAGGCGAAGCUGCUGGCGAAACUGAUCGAAUCGGUGUGUAAGUGUAAAGAUUUGGGCGACGAGGGGGUUGAAUUGUUGGUUCUCAGGACGCUGUUAUCGGCGGUGACGUCGGUGUCGCUGCGGAUACACGGCGAUUGUUUGUUGCAGAUCGUGAGGACUUGUUAUGAUGUGUAUCUGGAGAGCAAGAACGCGGUGAAUCAGACGACGGCCAAGGCGUCGCUGAUUCAGAUGCUGGUGAUUGUGUUUAGGAGGAUGGAGGCGGACUCGUCCACUGUGCCGGUGCAGCCGAUUGUGGUGGCGGAGCUGAUGGAGCCGGCGGAGAAGGCGGACGCCGACGGGACGAUGUUCGUUCAGGGGUUUAUUACGAGGAUUAUGCAGGACAUUGAUGGGGUGUUGAAUCCGGGAACGCCGAAGGGUUCAACCUCGGCGGGAGUGCAUGAUGGGGCGUUUGAGACCACUCCGACGGUGGAGUCGACGAAUCCGGCAGAUUUGUUGGAUUCUACAGAUAAGGAUAUGUUGGAUGCGAAGUAUUGGGAGAUUAGUAUGUAUAAGACGGCAUUGGAGGAUCGAAAAGGCGAAUUGGCAGACGGUGAGCUGGAGAGGGAUGAUGAUUUGGAAGUUCAGAUUGGGAACAAGUUGCGCAGGGAUGCGUUUUUGGUGUUUCGAGCUCUUUGUAAGCUCUCGAUGAAGACACCACCGAAGGAGGCAUUGGCGGACCCACAGUUGAUGCGGGGGAAGAUUGUGGCCUUGGAGUUGCUCAAGAUUUUGUUGGAAAAUGCAGGGGCUAUAUUUAGGACUAGUGAAAGAUUUUUAGGUGCCAUUAAGCAGUAUUUGUGUCUCUCAUUGUUGAAGAACAGUGCAUCGACCCUUAUGAUUGUUUUCCAGCUUUCUUGCUCCAUUUUUAUUAGCCUGGUGUCAAGAUUUAGAGCUGGAUUGAAGGCAGAGAUUGGUGUAUUUUUUCCUAUGAUUGUUCUCAGGGUUUUGGAAAAUGUUGCUCAACCUAAUUUUCAGCAGAAGUUGAUAGUGCUUCGUUUUCUUGAGAAACUCUGCGUUGAUUCACAGAUAUUGGUAGAUAUAUUUAUUAACUAUGAUUGUGAUGUCAAUUCAUCAAACAUAUUUGAGAGAAUGGUCAAUGGACUUCUUAAAACUGCUCAAGGUGUACCUCCUGGUGCUAUCACUUCAUUGCUGCCACAGCAGGAUGCAACCAUGAAACUUGAAGCCAUGAAGUGUUUAGUGGCUGUUUUGAAAUCAAUGGGGGACUGGAUGAACAAACAGUUGCGCAUUCCAGAUCCUCAUUCUACCAAGAAAUCUGAAGCAGCUGAAAACCCUGAACCUGGAAAUCUUCCAAUGGCUAACGGGAAUGGGGAUGAGCCUGUUGAAGGAUCAGACUCUCAUUCUGAAGCCUCCAGUGAAGUUUCUGGUGUUUUGGCAAUUGAGCAGCGCCGGGCCUACAAGCUUGAACUUCAGGAAGGUAUAUCUCUUUUUAACCGGAAACCCAAAAAAGGUAUUGAAUUCUUGAUAAAUGCAAAUAAGGUGGGGAGCUCACCGGAAGAGAUUGCUGCUUUCCUCAAAAAUGCAUCUGGUUUGAACAAGACUCUGAUUGGUGACUAUUUAGGGGAAAGGGAGGAGUUGCCACUGAAAGUGAUGCAUGCAUAUGUGGAUUCCUUCGACUUUCGCAGUAUGGAGUUUGAUGAGGCAAUCAGAGCCUUUCUACAGGGUUUUAGGUUGCCUGGUGAGGCGCAAAAGAUUGACCGUGUCAUGGAAAAGUUUGCUGAACGUUACUGCAAAUGUAAUCCCAAGGCAUUCACUAGUGCAGACACUGCCUACGUCCUUGCUUACUCCGUUAUAUUACUCAACACUGAUGCUCAUAAUCCUAUGGUUAAGAACAAGAUGUCGGCUGAUGAUUUUAUAAGAAAUAAUCGUGGUAUAGAUGAUGGAAAAGAUUUACCUGAGGAGUAUUUGAGAUCAUUGUUUGAACGAAUAUCAAGAAAUGAGAUUAAAAUGAAAGGAGGUGAUUUGGAUCUUCAACAGAAGCAGUCUGUAAACUCAAACAAAAUUUUAGGCUUGGACAGUAUAUUAAACAUUGUGGUCCGUAAACGAUGGGAAGAAAAGCAUAUGGAAAGCAGCGAUGAUCUCAUCAGACACAUGCAAGAACAAUUUAAAGAAAAAGCUCGCAAAACUGAGUCAGUUUAUUAUGCAGCAACAGAUGUCAUGAUCCUUAGAUUCAUGAUUGAAGUAUGCUGGGCUCCUAUGUUGGCUGCCUUCAGUGUUCCUCUUGAUCAAAGUGAUGAUGAAGUAGUAAUAGCCCAGUGCCUUGAAGGCUUCCGUUAUGCUAUUCAUGUUACUGCAGUAAUGUCUAUGAAGACUCAUAGAGAUGCUUUUGUGACUUCACUAGCAAAGUUCACUUCCCUCCACUCACCUGCCGAUAUCAAACAGAAAAAUGUAGAUGCCAUCAAGGCAAUAGUUACAAUUGCAGAUGAAGAUGGAAAUUACUUACAGGAAGCUUGGGAGCAUAUUUUGACAUGUGUAUCUCGGUUUGAGCAUUUGCAUCUCCUGGGAGAGGGCGCUCCUCCAGAUGCUACUUUCUUUGCAUCUCCUCAGAAUGAUUUAGAAAAAUCGAAACAAACCAAGUCAAAUGUCCUUCCUGUUCUGAAAAAGAAGGGACAAGGGAAGAUUCAGUAUGCAGCUGCUGCUGUGAGAAGGGGUUCAUAUGAUAGUGCUGGUAUUGGUGUCAAUGCUUCUGGGGUACUUACAUCUGAACAGAUGAACAACUUAGUCUCUAACUUGAAUAUGUUGGAACAAGUUGGAAGCUCAGAAAUGAGUCGCAUAUUCACAUGGAGUCAAAAAUUAAACAGUGAGGCAAUAAUCGACUUUGUCAAGGCUCUCUGCAAGGUCUCUAUGGAAGAGCUGCGGUCUACAUCUGAUCCACGGGUUUUCAGCCUCAUGAAGAUAGUUGAGAUUGCGCACUAUAACAUGAACCGUAUCAGGCUUGUGUGGUCAAGCAUAUGGCAUGUACUCUCUGACUUUUUUGUGACAAUUGGAUGUUCUGAAAACCUUUCAAUUGCAAUUUUCGCAAUGGAUUCUUUGCGCCAAUUAUCAAUGAAAUUCUUAGAGAGGGAAGAAUUGGCUAAUUAUAAUUUCCAGAAUGAGUUUAUGAAGCCUUUUGUAAUUGUUAUGCGUAAGAGUAAUGCCGUUGAGAUCAGAGAACUAAUCGUCAGAUGUGUCGCUCAAAUGGUCUUAUCUCGUGUUAAUAAUGUCAAGUCAGGAUGGAAGAGCAUGUUCAUGGUCUUCACAACUGCAGCUUAUGAUGACCACAAAAACAUUGUACUCUUGGCCUUUGAAAUAAUUGAAAAAAUUGUUCGAGAUUAUUUCCCAUAUAUUACAGAGACUGAAACCACCACCUUCACUGAUUUCGUGAAUUGUCUGAUCGCAUUCACUAAUACUAGAUUCAACAAAGACACUAGUCUCAAUGCAAUUGCUUUCCUUCGAUUCUGUGCUGUGAAGCUUGCUGAAGGUGAUUUAGGCUUCUCCUCAAGGAAUAAGGACAAAGAAGCUUCUGGAAAGAUCUCUACGUCUUCACCUCAAGAAGCAAAAGAUAAAAAGCAUGACAACCUGGAGUUGGCAGAGAAGGAAGAUCAUCUCUAUUUUUGGUUUCCGUUGUUGGCUGGACUAUCUGAACUUAGCUUUGACCCAAGGCCUGAAAUCAGAAAGAGUGCCCUGCAAGUGCUCUUUGAUACUUUACGCAACCAUGGCCAUCUUUUCUCUCUACCUUUGUGGGAGAGAGUCUUUGAAUCUGUCCUAUUUCCAUUAUUUGACUAUGUCCGGCAUGCUAUUGAUCCUUCGGGUGGAGAGUCGCCUGGGCAGGGAACUGGUAGUGAUAUGGGUGAACUUGAUCAAGACUCAUGGCUCUAUGAAACAUGCACAUUAGCCCUCCAACUAGUUGUAGAUCUUUUUGUUAAGUUUUACAGUACUGUAAAUCCUCUGUUGGGGAAAGUCUUGAUGCUAUUGGUAAGUUUUAUCAAGCGUCCUCACCAAAGCCUCGCUGGUAUUGGUAUUGCUGCAUUUGUCCGAAUGAUGAGCAAUGCUGGAGAAUUUUUUUCUGAUAGUAAGUGGCUGGAAGUAGUUAUAUCCCUCAAAGAAGCAGCUAACACGACACUUCCUGAUUUCUCCUAUAUUUUAAAUGGAGAUAAUAUGGUUAGAAGCCAUGAGGAGACUUUAACUAGCGAGAAUGAUGGAGAGGUUUCUGCAUCUGGGAUGGACGAUGAUGAUUCAGAGAGUUUAAGGGGACACAAUCUCUAUGCUGCUAUUUCUGAUGCUAAGUGCCGAGCUGCUGUUCAACUUUUAUUGAUUCAGGCGGUGAUGGAUAUCUACAACAUGUACAGAGCUCAACUUUCAGUGAAAAACACCUUAGUCCUCUUUGAUGCUGUUCAUGCUGUGGCAUUUCAUGCUCAUGAGAUAAAUAGUAAUUCUACUCUUCGCGUAAAGCUACAAGAGCUUGGCACCAUGACUCAAAUGCAGGACCCUCCAUUGUUACGCCUUGAGAACGAGUCUUAUCAAAUUUGCCUCACAUUUUUACAGAAUCUCACACUGGAUAGGCCUCCAAGUUAUGAAGAGACCAAAGUGGAGUCUUACCUUGUUGACCUUUGUCAGGAGGUGCUACAAUUCUAUAUUGAAAUUUCAUGCGCCGGACACGGACACACUUCCGAGUCAUCUCUUGGUGGGCAGGCCCAUUGGCUAAUUCCUUUAGGUUCUGGGAAACGAAGAGAGUUGGCUGCACGUGCACCUCUUAUUGUGACAACUCUCGAGGCUUUAUGUGCUUUAGAAGGUCUGUCACUCAAAAGGAACUUGGCUCGCUUCUUCCCCCUACUAUCGAGCUUGGUAAGUUGUGAGCACGGGUCAAGUGAGGUUCAGGUGGCACUCAGUGAGAUGCUCAGCUCAUCCGUUGGUCCCAUUUUACUUCGAUCGUGUUGAUCUUGGCAAUCGCUGACCUCACAGUUUUAGAUGUACGAUAUUUUUAUCCAGGUUUUGCAUUUUCCAUUUUCUUCUUCACUUUUAUAGAAUAAUAUAGUCUGAUAAUGUAUAACAAGUUAGCCUUGUUUUUCUUUUAAUUUUUUUAGAAAAAUCCAUAGAUGGUGGUAGGAAUUUUGAUGUUGUAUGUCAAUUUGGUGUUUGUUUUCGUGAGUGAGUUUCAAAACAAUAACUUUAUGUACAGAGAACAGAUCAUUUAAGCAUUAAAAUCAGUUUUUUUUUUUUU